UUUGAAUACAACCUAAGUUAUCUACAUUAUGUCUAAUAAGGAUUUUGCGAUCGAAUAUGUGUGUCAAAAAAGGAUGCACCAGUCUUUCACGAUUCCAGGCACCGAAAACCGCAACCCUUUGAAAGUCACUUACGCCACAGCCGGGCUGGAGAAUGACGACGCUCCAACAAUCGUCUUCAUCUCGGGAAUGUACGGAAUGCGAUGGAUCGCUCUGCUACAACAUCAUAUUGCACUGAAAGUUGGGGUAAGACUUGUUUGUGUAGAUCGGUAAGCGAUCUUUCUUGCAUGUUUUUGUUACGACGAAUCUAAAGUAUUUCUGGCCCCCGUGUUGACCAAUUCCACUCCUUGUCGAAUUUUUGUUUCCUACUUUACAUGAUUCUCUAACUCACAUUUUAUAUCUAUAGACCUUCCUUCGGCGGGAGUACUCCUGUCCCAAUUUCUGAGCGAAUUUCAACUUGGUUACAAACCAUCCCGCACUUGCUCUCGCAUCUGAAGUGCUCUCAUGUUGUUCCCAUCGCAGCGUCGGCGGGGAUAGUCUUCCUUCUCAAUACGCUUUAUCAUAUGCCUUUCAUUCUGCCCCCUAAAUCUCCAUACAGCGUCAUCCUCGCACCAUGGGUCCAUCCCAAGAAUUCCAAUGCUGCCAUGAUGUCUUUUGUUGCGUCCAACUGGAUGCCGAAAGCUCUGGUUGAGAAGCAUUGGGACAACGUGAGUGGAUUUGUUGCGACCAAAUUGCUGCCCGGUUUUGCAGCUAGCGGGGGUUUGAUGGAAGGUAUUGCAGCAGCGGCGGGUUCGAAUUCGUCGGGGUGUCCUGGCAGUACGAAAGCGAAAAAGCAAAAACAAGAUCACGAUGACGAAAUGACAUCAAUGGAGCUCUAUGGAAUGACCUGUGCCCAGAGGAAUGAGGUAGAGAAUUUGGGAUUGAAGUAUAUGUUUGCUGAGAAUACGAGUGGGGCAAAUGAUGAAGCGCUACUAUGUCUGAGAAAAGGGAAAGAGACUGAUGUUGGAUGGGGAGUAUGCGAGGACUAUGUUGCUUUUGUUCCAAAACUGGCCGAGAAAUGGAAGAAGUCAUCGGGUGAUGGAGAAAGUGCGAAGUUGAAAUUGAGAUUGCAAGUAUAUUAUGCCGCUUCCGAUGCUAUGAGUGGAGAAGGUGGAAGAAAGUUUUUCGAGGAGUGCUGGAGAGAGGAUAAGUGUGGGGACGCAAUUGAGUUUCUGGGAAGCACAGUCCCAGAUACCAGUCAUGAUAGUAUUGGCUUUUCGGAGAAUGGAGUACUGGAGAAGGUUUUCCGGGAAGCCAAAAAGGCUUUGGAAACAGUUUGAUGUAUGUUUUUAUUUCUGAUACAUGUCACGUGACGAAGAAUAAAGAUUAGCCAAUGCUCUUUGUUAAAAUGUGUCUUUAGCAAAAAGAAGACUUGCCAACUCAA